CAUUCUUCUCCUUGUUUGUGGUAUAGGUUCCUGUAGCGCACUGCUUUGGUCCCGCCGGUCAGAAGAAGAGGUUCUGCUGUGUUUGUCGGAAACAUCUGGAAGGCAGUUCAGCUCUGCGCUGUGAAGUGUGUGAGCUGCAUGUGCACAGCGACUGUGCCCCAUUCAGCGUUAGCGACUGUCGUUUCUGCCACCAAGAUGGAGGGCAAGACAUUGACACGUACCAGCACCACUGGCGGGAGGGGAACAUGUCCUCAGGUGCCCGCUGUGAGGUCUGUCGUCGCACCUGCAGUUCUUCCGAUGUCCUGGCUGGCAUGAGAUGUGAAUGGUGUGGCAUUACGGCACAUGCGUCAUGUUACAUAAUCCUCCCCCCAGAGUGCAGCAUGGGACGGUUGCAGAACAUGAUUCUUCACCCCAGCUGUGUGUGGAUCUGCUCGCGGAAUUUCAGCAAGAUGCACUGUUACCGAAUCUCAGAAAAUUCCCAGCACAGCGAGAUGGAUAACCUGGAUGACGUUGAUACUCCGAGUCCAGUAACUUCUAAGGAAACUCAGUCUACGGGAUCACCUGACACAGGUAAACAGACGCUGAAAGUGUUCGAUGGCGACGAUGCAGCUAAGCGGAAUCAGUUUCGUUUGGUUUCAAUCCCUCGAAUAAUCAAGAAUGAGGAAGUAGUGGAAGCAUCGCUCAGAGCGUUCUAUAUCCCAGAUGAACCGCAGGAUUACGAGCUACAGAGUUACAGCCAACAGGGACUGUUUACAGAUGACAUCAUCAACCGUAACGGCACGCCAGACAACAAGCCCAUAUUUAAGGAUACGGUUUCUGAUUCCUGGGUGCUCAGAUCAAAACCUAAAGAAACGGAAGUGGUGAAGAUUUAUUCCAGCUCGCGCAAGGUUGAAGUCACCUCAGUCACUGCUGGGAAAAGCAGCACAGUAGACUCAAUCUUAAAGGAAGUGCUCCCACGAAUAGAAAAACAGAAUGAAAACCCUGCCGACUUCAACCUUGUAGAAGUUUUCAUGAGCAGCAAACAAGUGCAACGGCAAGUCCUCAGCGGUCAGGAGAUUUUACUGGAAAAACUGCAGGAGAUACGUAAGACCUCGUUGCGACAGAUGAACCAGACACGGUUUUACAUUGAGGAAAGCAGGAAUCGAGUGGCACAAGUCAGUCUGCUCUUGGGAGGCUUUCCGACACAGCUUGAAAAAGAGGAAUACACACACCUGCUAUCCGAACACCUCUCAGUCAAAAGUCAUUUGGUCACCAUCACUCACGUGUACUCUGAACAAGGAGCUGUGGUUCUGCAGAUCAGCUGUUUCUCAGAGGCCGAGAGGAUUUACAUGCUGGCCAAAGACACCACCAUCAGCGGCAAACCGCUCUACUCACUCGUCAUACCUGAGAUCAUGCAAAGCAAGCUUGCCAAAGGAAGUUGCCCCUUGCUAGUCUUUGUCAACCCUAAAAGUGGUGGAUUAAAGGGCAGAGAGAUCUUAUACAGUUUCCGAAAACUUCUAAACCCUCACCAAGUGUUUGAGCUGACCAGUGGCGGACCACUUCCUGGGCUGCACACGUUCAGGGAUGUCCCUCACUUUCGGAUCCUGGUGUGUGGAGGAGACGGCACAGUGGGAUGGGUGCUGGGGGUUCUGGAGUCCAUCCGGCAUAAAAUCGCCUGUCCUGAGCCAGCGAUCGGCAUCAUUCCACUGGGCACCGGAAACGAUCUGGCUCGGGUGUUGCGGUGGGGGGCGGGAUACAGCGGCGAGGACCCCUACAAUAUCAUGCUGUCUGUGGAUGAGGCAGAGGAAGUGCAAAUGGACCGCUGGACAAUUCUUCUGGAUGCACAGGAAAUGACAGAGGAUGGCAAAGAGAAUGGCUUCCUAGAGCCACCCAAGAUUGUGCACAUGAAUAAUUAUUUCGGGCUGGGAAUCGAUGCUGAACUGAGUCUGGACUUUCAUCAUGCACGUGAGGAGGACCCAGAUAAGUUUAAUAGCAGGUUCCACAAUAAAGGUGUGUAUGUAAAGGUGGGCCUGCAGAAGUUGAGUCACACGCGAAACCUUCAUAAAGACAUCAGACUGGAAGUGGACAAACAGGAAGUGGAACUGCGCAGUAUAGAGGGACUGAUAUUCCUCAAUAUUCCCAGCUGGGGUUCUGGUGCUGACCUGUGGGGCUCAGACAGCGAGUCUCGGUUUGGGCGGCCGAGGAUAGAUGAUGGGAUGCUGGAGGUGGUGGGAGUUACUGGUGUGGUGCACAUGGGUCAGGUUCAGAGUGGGAUGCGUUCUGGGAUUCGUAUCGCUCAGGGCAGCUACAUUCGUAUCACUGUGAACAAACCCAUUCCAGUGCAGGUGGAUGGAGAACCCUGGAUACAAUCACCAGGACAGAUCAUCAUCUCAGCUGCUGGACCAAAGGUUCGCAUGCUGAGAAAGUCCAAGACCAAGCAGAAGAAACAAUCAGGCAGUUUGAAGGAAGGCCGUUCCGACAGUCCCGCUCCCAGUGACGGUGGGCAGUGACAAACCGCACAAACAGUUCAUUGACAGCCCUUUACUGUCGCCUUGACAACUUUUCUUUUAGUCUGUCCUCUGUUCUUUGUUACACUCUGGGUGGGUAUCAACAUUACUUUAGCUGUGCUAGAAUGAGUUACGCAGCCGUCUCUAUCAUCUCAUAGUCUGUAGUGUUCAAACGCCCCGUCUGACGAGUGCACUGCAGUCUGUUUCUCGGGACUCCAGCUGCCCUCGGCCUGUUUCCAGCCUGUUUUUGCCUUAGAUAUUACUGUUGGUUUUGUUUUGACUGCCAAACCGCGUCUUGUUUUCAAAGGGAACCUUGUCUUAAAGUAGUUCAUCACUGAAAUGCUACGGCACAUGUUAAUAAGCAACCAGUGUUUAAUCGCAUUGCGCCAAAAAAUAUCCUUUUGUAAACAUCGCCAAGUUAUCAAGUUUGCCAAGUUUGUAUGUUAAGAUGGGCUUUUUGGUUUAUGGUACAUACUGUGACUCACCUGGUCAUUUUUGUCUUUAUAAUGAUUAAUGUCUUACUUGAGGUUUAUUUGCAAUAGCAGUCCCCUAGUAGCUUUCCACAAGUAUAUAAACCAAAAUAAUGCAGUAUAAAUGUACAAACGACUCUAGUUCUUCUUCAUUAAGAGCAUAUUUGAUUGUAUAGGUGGAUUAUCUUUGUAUAUCAAUUUUGUCGCGUUCUCAACUGUGAGACCAGAGGCGUAAUCAUGCGCCAGAAUCAAUGUGGCGUCAUCACAGCCGUUUUCGUAAAAAAAAACAAAUGAAUAUCAAUGGCUUUUUGAACGUGUGUGGUACCGAAUAAUACUGUGAAAUGCUAAAGAGUUGUUGAUUUAACGAAGGGUGAAUGUUUGUAAAUUCCUACAAUGUUUGUGGACACCUGCACCACUUUUGGUGUUAGUAGUAAUAUAAUGUGUACGAUACUUGAUAAAACAUUCCAUGCAAGAUCACGUAGCAUAUGCGGUAUUUAACGUGGUGCCAGUAACUGGUCAUAUGAACCUUUAAGCCAACAUAGCUUUAUCAUGUUCUAGUGAAAGCAUUGAUUUGUAAGUAAAUAUGUUACUGUUAUCUGACAUAGUAGACAGUCAUGUAAAGCUACUCGUCCAAUUGUAAAGCUAAAAUUAGAGGCGAGCGCAGUGCUGUAAUAUAUUGGCUAGUGUAUAUGUGGUUUCUGUACAGUGACUGGUCAGCCCUGGAUUCAUGAGGCUGGCCUUAGAUAUUGUUUUUAUGAUCGGUCAGACACUCCACUUCCCAUCAGGCCUGCAUUAUUGGCAGACUGUUGCCCUGUAAAUGUGCUGGAUGCAAGGUGCAGCCUCGGCCACUAACUGUCUGACUUCAUCUACCUCGUCUCACCGGCACACAUCACUCCCAGAACCAAGUUCUGCCAAGCUCGCCCAAAGACUUGCACCUGCUUUUCAUCCUGCGCUUCAUGGAUUGUGUCUGGGAAUUUUCGGAAUAGCCUAUAAUCAGAUUGGAUGAAAUAUUGAAUUUAACACAGAUGACAUAAAAAAAAUUCCUUUUGUGAGAAAAUGUGACGUGCUAGAGCAAAACAGACACGGUUUUUGGAACUAGCACUGCAAAAUUAGUAGGGCCCUAUGAAAUUCUCUAUGAAAUUACUAUAACACUGAAUGUCUCGGAAUUUGCCAAAUUUUGUAUGGAUAAAUCAAAAGUAGGUCAUUACACUUAAAUCAAAACGUAAUAUGGACUACUAUCUGUGAAUAUUAAGCCACAAAGAUAAUAUUUAAAUAUGAAUCCUGCAGGUCUGUGAUGUGAAUUAAUGGCGCAGAUGCACGGUUUCAUUUACUACACAUACUGAAGCGCGUGUGAUUUUUUUUUCAGCCUCUGCUGCCUCAUUAUAUGAGCACAUGAAUAUAAUAUCUACAGAUGCUCAUAUCAUACAGAAAACUAAAAUUUCUUCACAGAAGCCCAUCAAAAUAAAAGUUUGGUUUAACUUGAAGAAACACUGACAGAAAUAUUACUUAAUGUAAUGCUGGUACUAGUACUAAUUAUAAAAUUAUUAAAACACAAUUUUAGGAACAUUUUCCUGAAAAAUUAUUUACCAGAAUUUAUUCUGCAGGAAAUUGUAUUGCACAGUAUUUCUGGAACAGUUA